AGUUUUAGAUCGAUCUUUAUAGAAAAAGCGACCAGCGAGUGUUCUAUCGACUUCUUGAUAGAUAAAUGCCUGAAAUGAUUGUAAUGUGAGUUCUCAUGACACACAUUCACAUAUGGAAUAAUGUUCGAGCAAAAUGCGCACCGAGGCCUGUACGCGGGCCCUGCGCUUUGAAUGACGCAGGCACAACCACAAGACGAGCAACCCUAAAACCUGCUGAGUACCUUGUUUCAUACGAUGGACGGCAUGAUGCUGGUCCGGUGGUGCAAGGAUGAGGCGACCCGCUUUCAGCCAGUGACCGGAAAAGUAGUCUCUUCUUUAAAAUUGAGGGUUAUUUACUGCAUGUGCACUUUACGUAUUUUUUUUGGACAGACAAUGUCACUGUCUCAGUGGAAGGCAAGGACACUACAUUAAGGUCAUACUUCGCCAUCUCUGAUACAUUGAUGUUUCUGGUAUGGUAAUCCGCCGUAACGGGUAUUUAGUGCAAGUACCCUGACUGGAUACUUCCAGGCGAUAGAUAGUCGAAAUUAACAACUGAAUUGUAGCUAGAGAAAAAGGCUCACUCAGCCUAGACACCGAUGCCGAUGGCUCUUUGACUGCAACAUCUGUGUUGAAAUUCAUGAAAAGGACCGUGGAGGAACAGGGAAAUGAAGAAGGAUGAUACAACCAGCUUCACAGCUCGUUUAUAGUCAAUAAAUACUAAUGAAGAUUCACGCUCAUUCUUAGUAAUUACUUAGAUGAACUUGAACACUUAGACUUACACUGAAGAGACACCCCGGUGAGGAUGGUCUCGUCUAUUUCGGUUGAUGUAGUUCUUAUUAUUAAUCGUAUACAGUGCAAAUACAACAAGUAUUCAUGGUUGUACUAGCAACUAACAUAGAUCCUUGAUGUUGAAGCAAGUAGAUUCGUUUACAACCUCCAGGGAGCGGCGUUAUCCUCGAUAAGAACACCAGAACCAGCACAAGUUGGGUCAUACAAGUAGUUCGACCAGAAGUUACCACAACCUGGCAUUACGACUACCAAUUUCUAGUAAAGAAGCACGUUGCUGGGAACAAUGAUACGCAAAAGCGGAGGAACUGCGGGCUUUAGCGCCAAAGCGUUCGGCCGACAAGAGUUUGAGGAUGCCCAGUUCGCUGCACAGACAAGGGAAAAUUAAGAAUUUUUUCGUAGAGAUUCCUUUUCCUCGUAAGUAGGUCGAGAAAGAAAAUCAACGUCUUUCCCAUCAAUUUCACUCGUCUGCAAAAGCAAGAUAGCGCUGCAUCUUCUAUGCAAUCUUGUACGUGGUUCCUUUCACGAGAAAUUCAAGAGGUACUCUUAAACUCCUAAUAGUAGGGUCUUCGAAUCUCGUGGGCAGAGUUCUUAACAGUGACACGCGCCUCCUGUGCAGAACAGCCGGGGAAAAGCACUCUGGCCAGCCUCGCGCCUGCUUGCGUGGUGCUUGCGAAUAGUGCCCAACCAAAGCCGCCUCGGCUGGCUGCAAAAUUCAGCGCUCCCGCGGAGUGCGCUCGCCCUUCCGUGUAGAAAUGAAGAACGCACACCCGUGGGCUGUUCCUUCACUGCGUCCAGACUGAAUGCACCACGCCGCCCCGCUGUGGUGUGACUCCCCGCGACCACUCUCGCAGAAAUGAGAGCUGACACGGGCGCCGGCCCCUCUCCUGGUACAAACACCGUCGCGCGUAUUAUUUCAGGGGCAAGCCUUUCGAAGCUUCCGUGGGUGGCGGGGUCCUUCGUUUUGUGGUCAUGGGCUCGCCCACUCCGUCGCAGCGGCAUGGGGCCGCCCAGUCAGAGCGCACUCACAAAGCCGCCACGGCGCCGCCCCCGUGGGUGUCGGUCGAUGGUAGCAAACAGAGCGGGCGACGGCGUGCAUAGGUGGCGCGCCUCCGCUGCUUUUGUCGGGGUCUGCUGUGCGGGGCAGGUGAAACGCGUGAAGCAGCGGGGGGGCCCUAUGUUAAUAGUUUCGCUGGCUCACUCUUUCGGGGAGGUAACUGAGCGGGGCUACGCGAGGGGCUGCCGCUGCGGUGCCGUGGGGACGGUGCAUGGUGUAGCUGUGUGGCUCUUUGUUUCUGCGGGCAGGGAGGGCGCCCCGUCUUAAUGAAACUCGAGUGCCACCUGGCUGGGCUUGUGUGUAGUUGUGUCUCGGGUGUCUGUGGGGGUGUGGCUUCCGUUGGAUUGUUUGAAGGAGAGCGGAACCCGAAGCGGGUGCUGCCGGGUUUUGCAGGCUCGGGGUAAUACAUCGAGGGAGAACGUGGGCACCUUGGUUGGAACUACCUGGAGGCGGCUCUGGGGUGGGGGGCCAGCCUCUCUCGCUUGUUGUGCUUUUUCUUUGUCGUUGCUCGUUUGGUCGAGUUCGGUUGGCUUCGCUUAUGCUUUUUCGUGGAGGGCGCGCGCGUGUUGCCUACGGGGCAACGCAGUGCACCAGGGGACCCGCCAAAGCUUGCUUCGGUGUAGCGUUUCUUGAAAAGCUAGGGGGUGCCCCUGGGUGAGCGGGCUGGUGUGCGUGCUAAGGGGUGGCGGGCUUUUGGGGGAUUAUAGUUGUAAACAUCGGGAGCCUUUUCGGAAACACGGAUCGGAAGGCCUUGCCUGGUCGUCUCUGUCUCGGGUGCUCUUCGGCUGCUGUUGUGUGUCUUAGGUAAUGGCGCCGCGGUGCUUUUGGUUGGUGUGGGUCGUUUGCUUCUCGCAAGGUAGCGCCUUGUUUGCGCCGUCGUUCGUUGUUGGCGCUGGGCCGUGGGUGAACUCUCUUCCCCUGGCUAGGGCAGCUACCUUCUUCGGUGGUGGACCUGCCUGCGGAGUUGAUUCUUUGUUCUAAAGCCAUGAGAGCGCGCGGCGCUUUGCGGCUUCUUUGUGAUUUGGGGGGGUGACUGCUUUGAGCGGCGUGAGGUGGUGUCGCCUUCUUGUUCCUUGGGGGCUUCGUCGAAGCCGAGGGAACUUGCUGGCGCUGGUGAUGCUUAUACUAUUGCUCCUAAAAGGAGAGAAAGUAAGCCCAAGCAGGCGGGGGCCUCUGGGGUGUGUGCUGAUAGAUUGUAGCUGUUGUUUUUUUUUUUUGGUCUUCUUUCGGGCGUCGUCGGUGUCAUGUCUUUCAUCCGCAAGCAGCUCAGCGGGGGGGCAGACGCAGGCCAGCGCGAGACCAUCAAAACGCAGAAGCGCCCAUGGGCAGGGCAAGGGGUUCUGGCCUCGCGUCGUGGUUCGUUUUGCUUUUUGGUGUUUGUUUUAGAGCUUAUAUCCCUCGCUGCUCUCUGGUGUUGGUUGGGCAACUUAUGGAGGACGAGGGAGAAGCCAAGCGGGGGGCACAGCUUGAACCCCGGCGCCGCCGCUAGGAGGGCGCCGCGCCUUCACUUUUCUGGGGCUUGUCGGCUCGUUCGCAUUUGAGAGCCGCUGCUCCGUCGAUCGCUCGUGGGUGUGCCCAGUGAGGGGCACAGGUGGCGCGUGGUCCGUCAGGUUUGCGCUGCGGCGUGCGGCUGCCUGGUGUCGCAGGUUCUGCAGCGGAGUGGGGCAACUUGUGUCGGGGCUUGGCUGGGCUUUCUUUCGGAGGUGGGGGGUGCGCUGUGUGUGUAGUGUUCUGCGGCUCAAAAUGGGAGGCGAGUGGCACUCACUGCCUUCCACCUUUGGCGCGGCCCAGUGCUUUCGUCUUCUGUGUUGCAUCAUUGGAGUGAGACAGGGGCGCCAUGUGCGGGGCUUCUCUUCUCUUUGUUUUCGGGGCUUGUUGGCUAUGGUAUUGGCAUCACCAUGGAGAUGGAGGCACCCAGAAGGUGCUGCUGAUUGAAACGAUUGCGAAACACACGGCGCGGCGCGCUGGCUUGGGUGCGUGGUGUGUGUUGUUCUGACUUGUGGCAGGCUGUCGGCCACUCUACUUUUGUGAGCAACGUGCUCCCCUUGGUCGCGCUGGUUAUGCUGGCGGCUUGGUGGUCGGGUGCAGGUAGUUGGCAGCUGCUUGCCCAGGUUCAUUCUCAGGCCUUGGCUGCCCUCCUCCGGGUAGGGUGCAGCAAAGUGAACCAGCGCAACAGGCAACAGGCGCGCAAAGAUGGGGCCACGUGCUUGCUUUGUUGGUUCUGUCUGUGGGUGUCCUCGGUUUGCGUGGGUGGGGUCGCUCUUUUUCGUGUGUGUCUGCCUCUCUGGCAGUAUGCAGAGCGACGGGAAAGGAACGGGGGGCCAGGCAGCUCGCCUGGGUUUCUGCCUUCGUUCUAUAGGCGUGCGCACUGCGCGUGUGCUCCUGUUUUUCUGCCUUGUUUUUGCAGGCUUUUCUGUGCAAGAAAAAAAGAGGCGCGCGCAGCGCGCUCUUCUACUUUUUUUGGCUUUUUUCUAAGUGGAAAAUUAUAUGGUGAAAGCUGUCCCCCUCUACAUUCUUGGGGCGACUACCCUCCCCCUUGGAAAUUGCUUGGGUGUUCGGGGGGUCAAACUGCCCCCAUAUCGCGGGGGGGGUUUUCAGUGAAAACCCCCCCUGCGAUAUUGUGCGAAAGUAGCCCCGGAACGCGUUCUCUUCAAGGAACUGCGUUCCGGGGCUACUUUCGCACAAUAUCGCGGGGGGGGUUUUCACUGAAAACCCCCCCUGCGAUAUGGGGGCAGUUUGACCCCCCGAACACCCAAGCAAUUUCAAGGGCGGAGGGUAGUAGCGCCAAGAAUUCAGAGGGGGAAGGCUUUCGCGCGUCAAGCUUCUCACUUGGAAAAAACAAAAAAAAACUAGAGGGGCGCGCUGCGUGCGCUUGGUUUUUUUCUGCAUGUAAAACGGAGCCCGCAAAAAAAGCGCGCGGAUGGAAAAACAGAAGCGCGCGCUGCGCGCGCGCGGCUUGGUGUCGAAAUGACCAAGCAGGCGCGGGUGGUGUGUGUGGUUCUUCUUUUCUUUUGGUGUCUAAUAUAGUAUGCAGAGCAUGUCUUUGCCCGCUUCUGUCUUUAAAAAUAUACGCUGCGCAGCUUUUGCAGCAGGCCCCUGGCACAAGCUGGCAGCUGGGGCCGCGAGUGUGGUCAUUUCGGUGCGUGAGGCAAAAAAUUUAAGCAGGGGGCAGGGGUGUGGCUUGUUUGUGGCCGGUGUUGGUAUCAGUUCCACGCGCUGAAGCGGAUGGCGCGUGCCGUGCUUGCUUCUGCAAAGAAAAAAGCAAACAGAAACACAUGAGCCGAAGGACCUGGCGCCGGCCCCUCGCUGUCGUGGCUUUCAUCUUGCUAAGGCAGUGACUUAGGAGCGAACGAGGGAGGCGUGCCGCAGCUUGGGCCACUCACGGCACUGGCUACUGAGAUUAAAAACGAGAGGCGCUUGCUUUUUGCUUCGGGUGCGUGGGAAGUAGUUACUGGCGCGCGCUGUUUGUCUCGUAUUCGUUAUGGCUCGCACCUGUGCAGCUUGGGCGUACUUGCCUAGUCAUGACACACCGGAGCCAGCAAAGCGCUGGGCGCUUUUCUCUGUACAUGUCGGGGCGUGAAAAUCUGGCGCAGGGUAGGGGUGCUUCUUGUUUUAAUCUAAGUAAGUGAGGCUGCCUGCCCAUGGGGUGGGGCCCCCUCUUCUCUGUGUCGUCAGGUGAUUGCCAGUGCGUUUCUCGCUGUUUGUUCGUGUGAGUGAGUGGCCAGCCCUUGGGGAGUGCUUUUUAGCUCGAUGAAGCUGGGGGCGGCGGUGUGUGUGGGUGGGUGUGUCUUUGGGAGGUGUGGUCUUCGUUCCUUCUCUCUUUGUUUCGCGGAGGAGCUUCGCGCCAUGCGUGUUGGCUUGCUGGCUCGGUCGUUCUUCAGUCAUAUUAUUAAUUUCGCUCCCGGCUCGAUUUUGCUGUUAGGUGGUGUCUGUUUUCUGUGCUGUGUGCAGGUCGUCUUCGCUGCCGCUCGCUGUUGGAUGGGGGGCCUCGCUUUGUUUCGCGUUGCAACUUGUGAAGGGGUCCCCGCGCAGGGUUGUGUUGUGUGGGUGAAGGGGGGAGGGCGCGUGGCGGGCACUGGGCCGGCGCUUGGGUCGAGGGCUUCGCCGCUGUGCCUUUUCUUCUGGCUUGGGAUGUUUGGCUGGGUGAUUUUUGUCGCCGAUGAUAAGUGGGUCGCCUUGGUUGUUAUGUCUGGAGCCUUGCGGGCCGUCAGCACUGCCGGCGCCCUCGUUUCAAACGGGGCGGGUGCCAAUGUUAACUGCGUGCGUGAGUGUUCGUUCAGUCAUGCAGCUUUGUAGGCUGACCUUGAAGCCCCAUCGGUCGCUGGGGUGGCUGGGUGAGCUAUUUCCGGCCUCUGACUGCUUUUGCUUUCGCUGGCUUCGUCUAUCUAAUUCGAAGUGGGGUGGAGGUGGUCCCGCGAUUAUGCUCUUCGGUGCGCUGCACCGGUGGCCGCGUGCGUGGGCGGGCGGGCAGUGUGUGAGUUCUCGUAGGGUUCGACGGUGGUGCCUUCUCCUUUUUUGCUUCGGUUUGGCGGGCAGGCUUGUGCACCUUGGAGCCGCCUUUCUUUGUCGCUGUGUUGGGUUUGUGAAUGACUCCUGGGGGCCCCGGCUGCUCUUUCUUCUACUCGUGUCUGCUGUUUGGUCUCUUCGUCCUUUUUUGUGGGCCUUUCGUUCUUUGUUUUUUGUUUGUCGGCUGGCUGCGGCGGCCCCCCGCGCCCGUCGACUAAAUUGAAAGUGAGACUCGCUCGCCUGGGUGCCCGUGGGUGCGUAGCGUGUGAGGCUGAGUCGGUUCGCUGUGGCAUGGGUUGUUUCGCGUCGGGCUUGGCAGCUUUUGCUCCACUCGUUUCUCCAUGUCUGUGCACUGCCUGGCAGGCUUUUCUUGUCUGUCUAUGGGUGUCGGCGCUCUGUCUCGUUCGGAUAAGGAAGAGAGAGAGACCGACUGACGGGGGGGGCCGCUUUUUGUCAUUUCGAUCGGGGGAUGGGGGAAGCGGCGGCGCCGGCUCUUCUUUAGGAGGGCGGGCGCAGGCCGUCCUCGGUGUCUUGUGCGUGGCUGUUUGGCAUUGUUUUGCUUUGUGGCAGGUGGCGGUGUGGCUUGUCGGCGUGCGGACGCGGGGGGGGGGCGGAGCUAUUGCGGCAACAGUGCGGGGGACCAGCGCAGCUUCCCCGCCGUGCGUGCGGGUGCUGUGCGUGGUAAGUGAUGGCUGGCCCAAGCAAUGGCGUGAGAGAGGGACCAGCCGGCCCCUCUGUCCUUCCGCUCUGUCUUGCGUGCAGCUGCGUACUUGGGCGGCCGGUAGUGGAUGGCGCUUCUUUGCCAGGUAGCGGAUGCGUCCGCGGGGUCUUACGGUUAUUCUGGCAGCUUGGUCUUUGUCGUGGCAGCAAGGUGCGCGGGGGGGCCGUGCUAAAUUGAUUCGUUGCGUGUGGCUGUGGUCUCUCAUUGUUCGCGCCCAUAGCGGGGGCUGUAAGUAGGGGAAGCAAGGUGGCGCAACUGCAGCAGCCCGCCCGCCCCGUCGCCGGAUAAUUGCGGGCGGCGAUUGGUGUGGCGUUUGUGUUUCGGAUGUUGUGUUCUGCGCAGGUGGGGAGCAAUGGGUGAGCAAUGUGAGAAGGCGCGCCGCCGGUCGUGUUCGGGCUCGGGGAUAUGUGACAAAGCAAGGCGCCGCGGGCGGGGAUCCUCGGCGGCUUACUUUUUCAGGCGAGCGCUUUUUGCGCUGCAUGGUGCGCGUCGCACUGACAACUCUGCCGCUGGCGAGAGUGAAACGCGAAGACCCUCUUAUUAGGCUAAUCAGAGUAAUUAGAUUCCAUUCCACCGUCGACGCCUUGAUAUUGUCCCACUCAUUCAUCUCUCAUCUUUCUCUUUUCUAACCACAGUUGAAAAUAUUGAGCCGAAUCGGGGAGCGGGAAGGUGAGUAUGACCUCAUUUUUUUGGUUCUCAUUCUGGUAAACCUCAUGGUGAUCGGAAUCGAGACUGAUUUACCAGAUCACGGCGUUCCAGGAGCUGAUAUUAAGAUCUGGACUAGUGUUGUUGAAUAAUGAUCAUCAUGUGUGACUCUGAUGCAUCUUUCUGCUCUUGAUGAGUGGGGAUCGUUUAGUUAUAGAGAGAGUUUAAGACUAAGCAACACGAGUUAAAAAUGGAUACAUCAGCUACUGGAUCGCCAGCACUGACACUUGUACUUGGACACUGACGUGGCGAGCAAAAGUACCGCAAAUAAAGACUACCUCUAAUGAAAGCGCGAGCUCUGUAAUCGAGUCACCCUUUUUCUGGAUUGAACUCUUCUUCUUUCUCGCCUUCAGCGCGGAACUCUACCUCCGGUUUCGAUCAUGGCGAGCUUCUCAGCAGCAUGCAGCAAGCAUUAUGGUCUCACGUGUUGUAGGUAGCACUAGUAUAGAUCUUCGCCGCGGCUGAAAUUACAUCACAACAAUAUGUACCGAAGAGGAAGAACACAGGCAAAUACAGAGUAAGCGUUUCCUAGUCCUAGUUGUUCAGAAGCCUGAUUUGAAUUAGGCUUAGGCGUUGUAGCAUCGUUUUUAUGAUUUCUCUCUGUGUCUAAGUCUAGAAGUUCAGUAAUUGGUGUUAGCUUCCGAGAAACAAUAAUCGUGAGCCUAUCUAACCGAACCAAUGAUCAUCUACAUCGCUCUACUGAUUUCGAUGUUCUAAGGCGGUGCCAUUCCGCGGCUCAGCAGGUUCAGUUGGUAGACCUUCGGGUGGGGCAGACGACGAAGUAUGCAACGCUCCGAGGUGGAGCUUUUCUGGCAGUGGUCAAUACGUAAGCAGCUGUCUGAGUUCCCUCGGUGUCAAAAUGGGCAUCUUUUCAUCGCAGCAGCAUCAUCCGAACGCGAUUAACCUCUACGACAAUGAUGUGAACCUCAAGAAUUUCAACCAAGUAGGAGAUGGAGGUGGAGACGGUAGUUGCAGCAAAACGGUAACAACAAGAGCAAAUAAGAACCAUCCUGAUACAGGCGCUGUGGUAGGGGUGGAGAUAACAUCAUCAUCGAAUAAGAAGGCACGAGUUGUGUCGUCAGCUGCGGAACAGAAGCCGCUCGACGCACCCUUUUGCGUCAAUAGGACGGACCAUGACAGAUCGGACGCCAUGGGAGUGACUCUUUGCUCACCGUCGACAACAGAUAUGGAGAAAGAGCGCUCCUUGCGGCGCAGUACCUCAGGCAGCAGUUCAGGGAACAGCAUGCGGUACAAGGACGUCGACAAGGAUUUCGUCGGUAGUGGGCCGCGUGCUUGCAUUAAGGUGUCCCAUUUUUUGCUCGCUGUGUACUACAUACUCGUAGCUUUUUUUUUGAAGUAGCUUUGGAAUCUAUUACUAUCUCUCGUCCUGUGCACAUCUCCGUGUCACGUAGCGACUCAUCGUUCGGGAUACGCGUGGCCAAAAAUACCUCCGUGAGGACGCAGAGGACGACCCAGCUUUAAUGGUAGCAUAGCCCAGAUGUGUGCAGCGAAGGCAGGAGUUGCUGCGAGUGGUCUAGCGGCCGCCGGAACUUCCAAGUUACAGCGACAAAAUGCCAACGUUAUGCGACUCACCGCACGGCUCAGCAACGCAAGCAAAGACGGACAGAAGAUUAUCGCACUUGCAAGUACUACAUUUUUUGUCACUAGUUAUAAGCUUUUUUGAGGGCAGACCUGAAGGCGACCACGGGAUUUGAAAAGUUGAAGAGUUCUAAUGCGGAAAUAUGUACUGGAUGUUGUACUAGGUGGCCUCACUAUGAAAAUUAUACAUGAUUCAUAUUAUUCAUUGUAUGAUAAAAUAAAGAUCAUCGUUGAAAGGCCUCGACGUCAGACUCCGUGUAUUGUGUUGAAUAAAUAUAAAUAUGUUGAUUGACCUGCCCCCAGCUCGAAGCGUGUCACUUUCGCAUCGGUUGUGGGACGCCUCAAGGCCGUACAGAAAGCAAGUAGCGGCUGCUUUUGGUUUGCUUAUGCGACAUGCGUGGACCAUAUUCGACACUUUCAUAAUAGUAUGCUCCUUUCUUGAUCUUUUGGUCCUUUUACUCUACGGAAAGGACGAAAUCGGAACCAUCGUCAUCUUCCGGCUUCUCAGGGUGAUGCGUGUUUUCCGUACAGUCAAGCUGCUUAGGUACUCAGCGCCAUCUAUUGCAUGUUUUCUUUUCCCACCACAGUAAUCAACGACCUCAGUUGAUCGUUUGCUCUUACUUAUAAGCGAAUACUGCAGUGUCAUCUAUCUAAAAGAUAGAGGAAAAAUAGUACCAGUACCUACGUGAUGUAUCUAUAUAUGUUCCAGGGCGCGGGGCGACGCCCCGCCCCCCCCCUAGCGGGGGGGGGGCCGAGCGCCCUGGACCCCUUUUUGAGGCGUCUGCGUCGGGAAGAAGGCCUCAAAAGGGGGCCAAGGGGCCACCCCCGGUCCCUUCCAGGAGCUCCGUGGCCCCUGGAGGCCUGGGAAGUAGGUGGAAGGCCUCAAGGGAGGACCACGGGGCUCGCUGCCUCCUUCUCGUUUGCGUGUACCCUACAGACUUGAAGGGUUAGAUGGCUACAGACAAAAGGGGCCCACGGGACCGCCUGCGCCCCCGUCCAGGUGCCUGCUUGUGCCCUCAGUGCAUCGGUUAGGCUUCGCCGCCGCAGCAGUGCACCGGCAGCGGAAGGCCUCCGAAGACGGCAAAAGGCGAGGGGCUGGACCCCCUGCGCCGUGCCGCCUGUACCCUCCGGGCCCUUGGUCAUCGGCUUGCUUGCUCUUGCGACCGUGGCCCAUAGGAGCACGCCGAGAGGCCCAAGGGGAGGCCCGCGCCAAGUUUUGACGCCUUCCACCACUAGGAUCCGCGAAGAAUCCGCGCGGAAAAGCGCGCGGGCGCGCCACCACAGACCAGCCCACAGGGGGGGGUAGGGUCGAGAAAGGGACCCCCUGGGCUUUACGGGAUUUCUAGUCGUGUAGGCAGGUUGGUUUCGCUUCCUUACCAUUUUGAAAAUGUAAACAGAGGAGGCUCCAGCCUGUGCUAACUUCGCCUAAUUUAGAACGACAGCACAACUGUGACCGCAGUGAGCACAUCCACAGGAACCACAGGGACCACAGGAGCCACAAGAACCAAAGGAGCCACAAGAACCACAAGGACCACAGGAGCCACAAGAACCACAGGAACCACAAAAACCACAAAAACCACAAAAACCACAAAAACCACAAAAACCACAAAAACCACAAAAACCACAAAAACCACAGGAACCACAGGCACCACAGGCACCACAGGCACCGCAGGCACCACAGUAACCACAAGAACCGCAGGAACCACCGGAGCCACAGGAACCACAGGAGCCACAGGAACCACAGGAACCACAGGAACCACAGGAACCACAGGAGCCACAGGAGCCACCGGAGCCACCGGAGCCACAGGAGCCACAGGAGGCCCCAGCAGGAGCAGGACCCGCCUGGCGAUCGCUUGGCCUCAGAUCAUAUCCGCACUAGAAAUCCCGUGAAGCCCAGGGGGUCCCAUUCUCGACCUUAAGGGGGGGAGGGGGGCUGUUUGGCCCUGAGUCAUAUAUGUUCCAGGGCUUGGGGCUACGGUGCCCUCCCUAGCGCAGGGGGGGCGGUACCGGUAGCCCCGGGCCCCCUUUGGAGGCGUCUGACGGGGGUGGAAGGCCUCAAAAGGGAGCCAAAUGGCCUCCUCCGCUCCCUUCCAGGUGCUUGGCUGUUGCCUACAGGCCUCUGAUGUAGGUGGGAGGCUUCAGAAGGAGCCCAAGGGACCGCCCGCGCCCCCGUCCAGGUGCCUGCCUGUGUCCUAAGUCGUGCCUCCGAUAUGCUUCGCCGCCGCAGCAGUCUGCUGGCUUUGGAAGGCCUCUGAAGGCGGCAAAAGGCGAGGGGCUGGACCCCCUGAGCCGUGCAGCUUGUACCCUCCGGGCCUUUGGUCAUCGGCUUGCUUGCUCUUGCGACCGUGGCCGCCCUCGGCGGCCCCCCGCCUGCGACGGUCAGCAGGGGCCACACAUUGCGGAUGCGGAGAGGCGCAAGUGGAGGCCCGCGCCAAGUUUUGACGCCUUCCACAACUAGAACCCGCGAAAAUCAGCGCGGAAAAGCGUGCGCGCGCGCCACCACAGACCAGACCACAGGAGGGGGGCCGUGCCGCCCUACGACAUAUAUAUUAUAAGAACUGGCGUCGCUGCGUCGUCUUUCAGGUAUUGCAAGUCCCUCUGGCUCCUCUGUCACGGCUUAAUUGCGGCAUUUAGUACCAUCGUGUGGAUUGCGGGUCUUCUCUUGUUCUUGAUCUACGCGUCGGCAGUUUUUCUCACGAGGCUUAUCGGGCAGGAUCCCGAUUAUUGCGCAGACGAACCGAAAAUUGAUGAGUAUUUUUUGUUCAGUAUCACGCUGUUCCUCCUGCUCUCCUUACUUCAAGUACAGGAUUGAUAGUGCUGUACCUCACUUCAUUAUUCAGUAUGUUCUUGUGGGUGCUCUCAUAUCUGGAAUGCAAACACAAUCAUGUUCUUAUAUCAUUUGUUACCUCACAAUAACAAUAAGUAACCAGGCGCAGGCAUGGCGGAGGUGUCCAUGUGGCAGAUUCAUUCAGCAGAUCAGCAUGCUCUUCUUGACUCUUCUUAUUGUCUACCUCAUGAAUACUAUUCAUAAUAUGUAUAAUAUUGGGAAAACUUUUUUAUAGGUACCCUCAUGAAUAGGUACACCAAUCAAUCAAUCUUCAUUUCUUUGACUUCACGUUUUCAGAUACUUCGGCACAGUCGGCAGUAGCAUGUACUCGCUCUUCAUCGUGCUUACGCUUGAAGAAUGGCCCGCCAGAGCUGACCCAGUAGUCCGCGCCGUCGGGCCCGGCAUGGCCUUGUUCUUCAUCGGCUACAUAAUCGUGACCAACUUCACAGUCCUCAAUCUGGUUGUCGGCGUUAUCUGCGAACACAUUCAGUCCCUGGCCAGCACAAGCGACUUGGAUCUCAUGCGACAGGUGAGGCGACACUGUACUCAGAAAACAACUUUGGGGACUAGCUGCUGCAUCAUGAAGUUUCUAAGCAUAUGCAUAAGUAUAUUUUUAUAUAUGUUCCAGGGCUCAGGGCUGAAGAACCCCCCUGCCCGAUCUAACUUUUUGAGGGACGGCCUCCAGCCCUGGACCCUUUUCUGAGGGGCUGCGGGGCGAGAAGGCCUCGAAGCGCCCACCUCUGACCCCUUCUUGCUUCUUGCCUGGACCCUACAGCGCCACCAUCCCGGAGGCCGUUGAAGCACCGAAGGGCGGAGGUAGAAGGCUGCCGAAUGUGGCAAAGGUGGCAAGGCGGGACUCCCUUGGCGUGUUGCAUUUACCCGACAGACCUGGCGAAGGUGGCAAGGCUGGACCCCCGUGCCGUGUGUUGCGUGUACCCUACAGACCGGCAGAAGGUGGCAAGGCUGGACGUGCUUGCUGAGUUUCAUGCACCCGAUAGACCUGGCAAAGGUGGCAAGGCUGGACCCCCUUGCCGCGUUGCAUUUACCCUACAGACCUCCCGCGUGCGGGCUCUGAAGCUAGAUAGUGACCCUGCUCUCGUGCUCGUCCCUCGUUCUGCUCUCGUCGCUCUUCCACCACUGUGCUGCGCCGCAGAUGCAUCCACUGGACAUUUUCAACUAUCGUUGAUCUUUGAAAACUAAAAAAUUGAGGUUCAACAGGACCGACGGAUCAUGCAGGAGAAGUUGCUGGAAAUUUUUGGCGAGUUGGAUACGGAUAAGAAUGGUGAAUUGACAAAAGAAGAGCUGGCACAGUCCCUCAACGACGAUCAGAUACGCGCAAUUCUACUGCGAAACGAGAUCCACGAUGAAGAGUUGCACUGGUUAUUCGAAGUACUAGACAGAGACGGUUCCGAGACGCUGACCAUAGAAGAAUUCGUAAAUGGCGUGAUGGCAUUGAAAAGCAGCGAGCAGGCGCGCGACCUUGUCAGUAUGCAGUAUACCUUGGUGAAAGAAUUCAAUACUCUGAGCAAAGUGCAUGAGCAGAAGGUGGAGGCCUUAGAUGAGGAUUUCCGGUCAUUGAAGUCCGAGCUGUUGCAUCGCAUGGAUAGCGCUGUCAACAGGGGUGUCGAGGCAGCACUGCGCGACAUUCUCCUGCAGCGCGGAUCGAUGAAUAAAACAGCAGCGUCGCCCUCAUUUUCAAGUGCAGGUCCACACGAUCGGGGAGGACUGAAACAGACAUCAGGAUCCCAAUCUGUGGGAGCAAGAACUAGCACAACUGGAAGUGGCGCGAUGCACUUUCAACCAAUGGCACUACUAGCACAGAGGAUGGACCAACAAGGUGGUGGAACAGUAAAGGACGAAAAUAUAACUGUGCUUAGCAGCACUACAACUUGUGAUCAGGAGUAUUCGGGCAGAGCCUCACCAGCGAGGAGCAAACAAGUAGAACAGCGCAGUCCCUCUCCUAGCGAAUCGAGGAGUGGUCGCAGUACCCUGGUCGUGCGGUCGACUACAAAUUCAUUAGACAACGUCAACGUACUGUCGUCUGCUAUCAUCUCUGAAAAGGCAAUAUCUGGAGGCGGGGGUGGUUCGGGUCGGUCCCUUGAAAACCCACAGCACCCAAACACGGCAGCGACAGGGAACUCAGGCACACGAAUGAUGAUGAUCGCAACUUCUGACACAACUGGCGAUGCGGUUUCUGGUACAGGGGACACUACCUAUCAACUGCCACCUUCGCCGUAGAAUUUGAAACACAUUAGGAGGAUGCGUCGACUCAGAAGCUUCCGAAUUAUUCGGUAUCUAUGGCUUCAGCCGGACGCCUAUGAGUUGCGCUUGCGCUGUGGGUUUCUCACAGCGUCCAAGGCUCAGGCGCACUCACAGAUGUAACGAUAAUCGACUAGUACUCGCCUCGAAGAGUAAUACAAUCUGCGUGAUGUUGCGUCGUGAGACAGGCAUAUGCUGACCUGAUUUCGAUAUUACACAUAGACACAAACGUCAGUCUCCGCCAGUGUGAUAAAAUGCAAAGAAAUUCUGAUGACCUACUUCUCUUUUUUAGUUGUCAUUUGGUUUUCCCAUCCGUGGUCAAUUAAUCGUAUAGCUAAGCUAAGAAUCAACAAAGAGCUGUAUGGAUACUAGGACGAAGUAGCAAAUUCGUAUAAAGCAGAUGGCUGCGAACGGCAAACGACCGUUUUAUUUUUUCAGCAAGAAGCGCGAUGCUGAAUGACUAUUCAUGUACUUGUGACACUGCGCAAGAUAUUGUAAAGAUAGAAAGAUCUAGGAUCUGCUUGAGUUUUUUGUUUGAAAACUAUAACAGAAACUGUUUCUUCAUGCGUGUUAGCAUUUUUCGAUAUUUUUUUUUCUUUUUUUUGAGGGCUACCGAAACGAAAGAGUGUCUCAUGAUCUAAGCAGGCGUCUCCAGAAAGGGUAAUAAUCACUCACGGAGCACCAACAGAGCGUUCUCCGUGAUAGCCGCUUUCCUUGGCAUUUUCUUGCAUGUUGCACACCCCACGAGGGUAUACUGCGACAACAGUACUGCGUAGCGCAUGUCGUUGAUCUUUAUUUCUUGGACGACAGUCACAUGAUCUUGAAGAUCCUUCGAAGUUUGAAUUUCGUCGUCCAAGGGCUGUUUGUUUUAAUUCUGAAAGACCCUAAACCACGUCCGUGUCGCGAAAUAAGAAUAAGUAAUUAUCAUGAACUACUUAAAAAAAUAAUGAAGAUAUCAUCUUUCCAUUUUUUACAUCUCUAAGUGCAGCCCGUCUGCAGGUGCUCUCUCAGCGUGACAACUUCUCCUAAACGAAAGCGAGAUUGACAAGUGUCAAUCUAAGUAUUUUCCUUAAUAAGAUCCUCGGCUGACUGGGGCUGUUUUGAGAUGGUUCAACAUUUCUUGAAAUAUUUUCUUGUUGUGAGAAGUAGAUGGAUUCCAUUAUCUGCAACAUCAUCAUCUCCAUAGGAGGUACUACGAUAUUGGAUGGCCUCAGAAGUAGACGAUAAUUGCUACAUAAGAGGAACCAUGACAUGAGCAUGACAUGCGUUGCAUCAUCUGUCUCAGUUUAAGUAGAAUAUUUAUAAAUCGUUCACGCUCGAAUUGAAAUUAUGCCUCAUCCUGGUGCACUUUGAUCUCGUCCCGGAAAAGUUGCUUCUAGAAUUUUUCCAUAUUUUCUUCUGUAAAUAUGUACUCAUUGAGAUAAACGCUGGCGCAAGUGUUGACUUUGGGUAUUCUGCUGCGGCUUCCGUGCGAGAGUUUUAAGGUUAGCAGUAGAAACAAAGCAGCAAGGGCCCUUUUCUCUGGUUGGGGGUUUAUUUGGUGAACCGGUACCCCGUAGCGAGUAAACCUGCGCACACAACCAGAGAGCUGAGCACUCCCCGGAGGCGUUGCGCAGGGCUCCGGCCUGCCUUUGAAGGUGAGACCUGUGGGGCUGACAGCGCGACGAUAGCGCCGGCGCUUAAUUAGUUCCAGCAGAUAGGAGCUGACUUGGUGAUAACUACCCACUUCUCUUUUCUAUCUUCCUCUGGUCUUUCUUUUUUCGAGUUAGGUCUGCUCCGCCACAAUUAUUACAAUCUACAUUAUUUUUGGGAAUAGGCAUUUUUUGGUCUCCUAUCGUUCGUGGUGAAUAAAAACGGAAUUUAAAUUGAGUUUUGGAUGCAAUCCUUAGGCUUAUCUUACCUGAGGGAUACAGCAUGUCAUGAGUCAAAUGCUCAA